AUGUUGGAAGGCGGGGUGACCUCGCUUCAUACUUUGAAGUCGUUAGCAACUGUAUUCCCCGCUUCAGAGUCCAAAUUUGUAUGGGCCGUUGAGAACACUCUGGAUGUGGAUGGCAAUCUGCUCAAGGCCAAAAGAUCCGUCAGUAAUGAGCCUGAAGUUCUUGUGUCGCAGCUGGAAGCAAUUGCCAGGGCAAUGCCAGAGUAUUCAGAUUCUCGCGGCCUCGGAAGCAGCUCUUGGAAUCAAUUUGUUGGUUGCCUUCGGUCACCGCGCGUGCGUGUAGCUGAUCUGAAAGUAACUCAUCACAUAGAGGACAUAGAGGUGGUCCUAAAAGAGUUGGCUUCGAGACACAAGGGCACGGCCGAGCAGCUUCUUAAGAAGCUCUCCGAUUUGGCUUAUGUGCCUUGCCAGAGUGAUGGACCUACAACAUUGCUUUUCAGCCCAAAGCAUGCCGCCUGCUCAUCAGCCCAAGGCCCUCGCAAAUUGUUGCCGGCUUUUGGGGUUGUGCUGCCGCAGAUUCAACAGCUGGCUUGGGCAACAGGCACCCCAAAGUGGAUGCACGUUGAAGCUUUGGUGGACGCCAUCCCAUGCUUCGGCAUGGACUUGGCCAUUGCCCUUUGUGCAGAGCUGGCAGAACAGGCAGAUGUGGAAGGGUUUGCGCGUUCUCUCAGAAGGUUGAAGGUACCAACCAACAGCAAACAAUUUUUGCCAAUUGAACAUGUGUACAUCAACGAUGCGCAGUGGAAAGGAGCUGGUGACGUUCAGACGUUGGACGAUCGUAUCUCCCAUGACCAUGGGCAGAAGCUUGGAUGCAAAUCUGUCCGAGAAAGGUUGAAGAAAGAGUGCGAGGAUGGUACGGAAGAUGAGGAUGCUUUCGGACAAGAAGCAGAUUUGGUUGAUCAGGUGAAGCUUAUUCUGAAGGACUACAAUGACAAGAGCGAUGUGGUCACUGAGUUCGUGCAGAACACAGAUGACUUUGGUGCGACGGAGCUCACGUUUGUGCUAAGCGAUGAGAAGUUUGGCACAAAGCGGGUUGUGGAUUCACGCUGUGCAGCCUUGCAAGGGAACGCCAUCUACAUUUUGUCCAACAAAGAACUGCGCGAAGAGGAUAUCAAGCGCAUGCAGAGAGUGGGCAGAUCUGCAAAGAGCGUUGACUUUGCAAGCACUGGUAGAUUUGGCGUUGGCAUGAAUGUCUUCUACCGAUACAGAAAGUUGGAGGAGAUGUUUCCAGAUAGUGUCCAACCAUUCCACUCCUACAUAGAUGACUAUCCGGUAGUGUUCCGCUUACCUUUGCGCACUAGAAAGUCUGAGCUGGGCGAGAAGGUGGAGUUGGCCUCAGUGGAGAACGACUUGCGCGCUGUCUCUGCCAAUGCGUUUUCAAUGUUGCUUUUUGCCAAGUCUCUUCAAAAGCUUCGUUUUCAAGGCCCACGAGGUGUCGUGACAGAGCACACCGCAGUCAUGACGACCAAGUCGAACGUCAACAGCAUCAAGAGUUCUUCGCGUCUCUACCAGAUGGGCUCA